AUGACAACUCUCCGCGACUUUCUCGUGUGGUAUAACAACCUUGACGUAGUCCCCUUCCUUGAAGCAAUUGAUAAAAUGAGCAAUUUCUGGCAAGAAAGGAACAUUGAUAUGUUUAAGGACGGUGUGAGUGUGCCUGGCUUAACUAUGAAAUAUUUAUUUUCAAACAUUCCAGGCACCUACUUCUCCUUGUUCAGCGAGAAGGACAAGGAUAUGUAUUAUUCAAUGAAGGAUAAUAACGUAGGGGGCCCCAGCAUUAUCUUUAACAGAUACCACGAGAAAAAGAAAUCAUUCAUACGGAAGGAAGAAAUGCGAGCCAGAGGAAAAGAAUCGAAACCCUGCAAAAAUGUAGUUGGUUACGAUGCCAAUGCGCUCUACUUGUGGGCCAUCAUGCAAGACAUGCCAACGGGGCAGUACACAAGACGGUUAGAGGAGGACGGAUUUAAGAAACGGUGGAGUGGGAAAAUGGCGAUCGAGUGGAGAAAAGAAUUGGCACUCGUCGUCUCCCCGUUGACGGUUUUCACGCUGAAUCACAAACGGUGUUUCAGUUUCAUG